AUGCUCUGCCUCAGCCUGACUCCUGCAGAAGUAACACAGGACUGAGGAGCCUCGGUUUCAGCUCAGAAUAAAUCCAACCGAAAUGAAGAGACGCCGUGAAAACAUAGAGGAAAGGAGCAAGGAGUGUGUGGAUUUCUUAUGAUCUCAAACGGACUUGAGCCUCACGUGGCGAGUGAGGCCUCAUGGUCGGAGCAUGCCAUGUGCUAGAGCGGUGAGGCAGUGGGAGAUCAGGCCCACGUCUGCUCUGUGGGGGAUCAGACGCACCAGGGCCCUGAUGUGGCAGCGGAUACGGGGACUGGCCCGGGCCUGCCGGCAUGGUGCGGGGUACCCGGUAAACUACAAUGACCCGGACCGAGAGGAACAGGAGAUGGUGUGCCUUGAGCCCAUGGGAUCAGAGCGGAUGGAGAUGCGAAAGAGGCAGAUGUCGGUGCAGCAGGAGUCGGCAGUGGGGGGAACUGCACCGGCCCAGCAGGGCCAGCCGGGCCAGGCCAACCCACGGGGCUCAAAUGCAUGUUGCUUCUGCUGGUGCUGCUGCUGUAGCUGUUCCUGGAACGAAGACCGGGAUGAUAGGAACCGAAAGGCAUCUUAUGACGUCAAGGAAGGGACCUCAGACUGUGAAGACUGUCCUAAGCCCACUUUGGAGGAGGUGCGCUCCUGGGGGCAAUCGUUUGACAAGCUGAUGUGUUGCCCAGCGGGGAGGAACUCCUUCAGACAGUUUCUUCGCACUGAGUUCAGCGAGGAGAACAUGCUCUUCUGGUUAGCCUGCGAGGAGUUCUGCAAUGAGACCAAUAAGACUACGAUAGAGGAAAGGGCCCGGGUCAUCUAUGAGGACUACAUCUCCAUUCUCUCGCCGAAAGAGGUGAGCCUUGACUCCCGUGUGCGUGAAGCGAUCAACAGGAACAUGCUGGAGCCCAACUCGCACACGUUUGACGAUGCCCAGCUGCAGAUCUACACACUAAUGCAAAGAGACUCGUAUCCCCGCUACAUGAACUCCCCAGCCUACAAAAACCUGCUCAACACUCUGUCAGAGCAGUCCCCCGAAUCUUAGGGUGGUGAUGACCUGUGAUCUUUUAACUCUCUUUAUUCCCCCCCCCCCUCCCCCCAACUCUUACCCCCUUUUUUAAAAUUUACUUUGUAUGUGCAGUGUAGGAUUACAUGAACCGGGCUUCGGGCCUGGCCCCUCCCAGGGAUCUCAGCUCUAUUGUGAUCUGCACCUGACCGAAGACACUCAGGUCUCAAAAUCUCCCGAGGGCUUGACAUCACAAGUACUGCUACAGAUCAACAUAGCAAAACACUCCAAAGGAAUAUAAAUACAUUUUGUUUCUGAUUUCUUUUUUUUCUUUUGAUAGAAAUCUAUUUUAUUUGUGUUCAGAGUUUUUUAUGGUCUGUUGUUUUUUGUAUGAUUGUUUGGGGGGGAAAUGAUUCCUACUGUAGACUAUAUAUUUAUGAGUUUGUAAAUAGUAAAAAUGAAAUUGUGGGUAUUUUAUGUGAAAACGCCUGGUUCUAUUUACUGCGUAUGAAAAUCAAAGCUCAAGUCAAAGGCUACAUGUUAGCUCUACUUGCAGGCAGCUUUGUGGGGUACUGUAUGAUUUCACUUUAUUUUCACCCUGUUUUGUUACCUAACCUCACACUUUGUUACCUGUGACAACGACUUGGCAACUCCAGUUCAUGUAGAACCUGUGUGUAAUUGAAGCUACUGUAAGUGUAAAGUAACAAAGUGACAGUAGCUCUUGUCACAGUGUGCAAUUUGUUUCCUUUUGAAACUCAAAUCAAUUAUGAAAGUGUAUUUUAACUUUCUUUACUCAAUCUUAACCACAGAAGAUUGCCUAUUUAAAACACUAUUUAAGACAUUUUUUUUUAUAUAAGUGCUACUCAAUGCACACCUUAAAGGUUUAAUAUAGUUUCACCAGUGUGACAUAAGAACCACAGUAAUUAUAUUUACCAGAUAAAGUAUUUUUUAUUUAUUGAUAUCUAUUGCCAAUAUAGAAGAACCAACAAGUAUAAAUUAUAUUUAAGUACUUCGGGGGAAGAAACUAUACUGUUAUGCCACUGUCAAAAAAAUGUAGAAAUUUGGGUAACACUACAUUUUACAGGUCUUUAGUUUCCUAAUAACUCUCUAGGAACUUUCCUUGAAAGAACUAUGGGAUUUGGUACUAAAUAUGGGGAGUAACAUUUUAGGAAAUAUGCUUAUAUGCUUUUUUCCUGAGAAUUAGCUGAGAAGAUUGAUACCACUCCCAUGUUUUUUCAGUAAAUAUGAAGCCACAGCCAACAGCUGGUUAGCUUAGCUUAGCAAAGACUGGAAACAGAGGGAAACAGUUAGCCCAGCUCUGUCCAAAGGCAACAAAAGCCGCUUAGCACCUUCAAAGCUUGAUAACUAGCACGUGAUUUCUUGUUUGUUUAAUCCGAACAAAAACCUAAGUGUGAAAAAAAUUAGCUGUUUUUGUCAGGCAACCAGCAGACACUCCAGCAAAUGCUCCCGGCCAAAAAAUAGUCCAGCAUAUAAUCCCUUUACACUAGUUAUUAACCAGAUUUGAUUAAUUGGAAGUUUACCAACUAAAUUGUUUCUAUUUUAGCAAUAAAUACGACUAAAUUACAUUUCCAGAAAACUUGUUGGAAAUCGGUAAGAAAUUACAGACCUGUAAAAAGCGUUACUCAAAUUUAUGAGACUGACAUUAUUCGACAGCAGGUUGAAUCAUCCUGGUAGAUUUUAACUUAAGUCACAGUACGAAGAGCCCGUCUGCUGUGUGAAAUUGACGUGAUCGAUUGGAACUGACACUGGGGUCAGGCCAGGUUAGCAGCAACACCAAAGCUACCAUGUAAACUGUGUUCAUACGUAUAUCGUGAGCGUUUCCAUUGACUAAAAUUGGAGUUGCCAAGUGUUAAAAAUUUUUAUGUAUUCUGAUAGUUUUAGUUGAAUUACUUUGUUGCCUCACAAACAUGUCACUCAAAGACAAGAUCCUCACAUGGGGAAGUGCCUUGACAUUCAAUUUUAUGACAUCUUUCUCAUGGGCAACGGUUGUUUUCAGACCCUUGCCAUAAGGGUGGUUACUGGAGCGCGAAGCCAGUUUACUGGAAAUUGUCCCUCUCACUGGCCAAAUUAUCGCAUGUGUUUUGUCUUGAUUCCUUAGUCAUGACUACAUCAGUCCACUUUGGUAGCGCGGAGGAUGAUGAAAACACAUGUCUUUAUUUGCAGAGGACAAAGAUCAAUGGAUAGGGCUGGUUGAUCUGAACUUCUUGCCAACCUGUGUGCUUCACAGUGGGACUUGUACUUGUCUUAGAGUUAACUUUAACUUACUAUGUGCAAUUUGAGCUGAUGGAUACACCGCGCAGAUCAACCUCAAAACACAAUCUAAGCCAAUGGUUUGGAGUGAUGCCUAUAAAUGUUGUUUCUUCUUCUGUUUACUAUAUGAAAUGUGUUAUUUUGCGCUGAGUUUACUGAAGAAUACAUUUUUAAAAACAAAUAAUGUGAAUGUUUACAGUAUAUGGUUUCGUUUUUUUUUUCUGCUACUCUCCAAGAAAAUAAUGACUUGUGGGCAUUUUGAUUAAGAUAAAAUAAAGCACAAUAAUUUUAUCGA